AGCCAACUGUAAGUCUCCUAUGGUUUUAUGGUCUCAUUCAUUAUUUUUACUGCACUCAGAUUGUAGGUGGUGGGCGUGUCUACCGGGGCUUGGGCGGAAGUGAUGUGUUUCUUGCACGUAUUUGUUUGCUACACCUGUGCACCUGAGUAUGGGGGCUUUGACAGAGAGGGAGUGAGCCUGGGAGCGAACACUUUCUGUUGACCGCACUUUAUGCAAUCACACUGCACUUAUGAACUGGUAACUGGCUAACAGUUGUAUUUUAUGUGCAAGAAGCAAUAAAUGAGUGGAUCGCUGUGUGAAACUGUUUCUGCGCGUCGCAGUGCAUUCAUUCUCCCAGUGUUUAGUCUCUCGCGGCUGCAAAGAUAAUUUUGCCUGGUCUACAGCCGCUACAUUAGUCAACAGAAAACGUUCUUUGUUGUAAACCAAAGUGUUUUUCUAUGGAAACGAGCUGUUCAUCGCGGAUCGCAACAGGACGCUUUGGAUAUCAGAGGAAACACUGAAAUAUAUCGGGUACUGCUGUUGGAUGGCGGUUCAUUCAUUACUGCACGGAGGAUAAAGACCCGGCCGCGAUCAAUACAGCAACGGAAGCGGUAUGUAACUUUUUAAUUUAUGCUGUGCAAGUUGUUUGUUUGAACACAGUGUAAAAAGGUUACUGCCGCUCGUCCAUAGGGGACGCGUUGUUGUUUGCUGGUGUUUAUUGUUGGUCAUUGGAUGUGGUUUAUGACGCCGCGAUUGAUUGAUGGAUGGAUUGAUUCAUUGAACGGCGCGGAUUCUUGGAUGAUUUGUGGUAUAUUGGAAAAUGGCAACAAGUGAAUCAAAAUCAAACUCAGACGCAAAUGGUUCAGAGAUGGAUGAACAAAAGAGAAAAAUCAAAAUGACUGCCAAGGCCUUGGUGAAUAAGAUUGAAACACUACAAAAAGAACGUAGAAAAAAUGUUCAUAAAAUUAAAGGUCUAAUACAGACAAUAAAGGAUCUCAUGCAAAAGGAUGAUAAUGCCCCACAAGUGCAAUCCCAUCUUGAGAAAAUGAGUCAAAUGGUGGAUGAAACUACUGUGUUACAUGAUUCUGUGAUUCCUAUGCUUCCUGAAGAGGAACAAGAAAAACAAAAGGAAUGGUUCGUGAAUGUACUAAAAUGCUACAAUGGAUUUAUGGAAGAUGCAAAGGGAUGGCUUUCUGAAAUUGGGAGACAAACAAGCCGUAGGCCUACUGCUGCUCAUGUUGUCACAUAUGAUACUCCCAUAUUUGUACCACAAAGGGAAUCAAUGCACAAGUUGGAUGAACCUCAUAGUGAUAAUGAGUCUGAUGUUUCAGAUCACUCUGAGCAAAAUGUUCAAGCUUCUGUUAUACAAGAUGAAAUUAAACCAAGCGACAGUGUGUCAAACAUAGGAAGUAAAUGCUCUAAAAGUAAGCAGAGCUCGGCUGGAAGAAGGUCUGGUAUCUCAACAACAUCAUCAGCAUGCAUUAAAGCAGAGGCAGAUAUGGCUGCUCUUAUUGCAAGACAAAGAUUAUUAAAGGACAGACAUGCGUUAGAAGAACAAGAGGAUCAGCUAAGGAAAAAACGAGAAGAGUUUGAACUUGAAGUGGAAAUAGCCGCCUCAGUGGCUAAAGUAAAUGUGCUGAGAGGCUCAAGAGGGUCUCGUGUUUCAAGUCAUCCAUCUGUGAAGUCCAAUGGCAUGAAUUCUUAUCUAGAAAGGGGACAAAAGAUAACCAAAACCCUUAAUGCUGAGGCAAAAUCAUUUGUGCCCGAUACGAAUAUUCCAACGCUUGGACAGUCCAAUCCACAUUUUUCUGGUACAGAACGAGUGGGAAAACGAGUGGGAAAUGUUAUUCAAUCACCACGACCUCAACCCACAUCCUCUAGACGUCCAGAAGUCACGGGACAUCAAGAUACGUUACAAUCACGUCCACUGCCUAUGCACAGCACUCAUCAAUUUUCUACACAGGUGACAAACAGUAGUGAUCAAAGUCAAAUAAUUACAGUUUUAGAAAAACAAAAUGAGAUAACAGCCUUAUUGGUUCAACAACAAUCUCUUUCAUUACUGCCUAAACGAGACAUUCAGAUUUUUGACGGUGAUCCUUUGCAAUACCAUACCUUCAUGAGGUCUUUUGAACACAGUAUCGAAGAGAAGGCUGAUAAUCCUAAAGACUGCUUGUAUUUCCUUGAACAAUACAUCAGGGGGCAUCCAAGGGAUCUUGUCAGAAGCUGUCAACAUAUGGCACCUGACAGAGGAUAUGCCAAGGCUAAGGCUUUGCUGCAAGAGCAUUUUGGUAAUGCACAGAAAAUUGCUGCAGCUUAUAUGGAAAAGGCUCUUUCAUGGACUCCAAUAAAAUCAGAAGAUGUGAAAUCUCUACAAGCAUACAGUCUUUUUCUUCGAGGAUGUUGUAAUGCCAUGGACGAUGUUGAAUAUAUGGAGGAGUUGAACAUGCCUACCACUAUGCUGACCAUCGUAAAAAGGCUGCCCUACAAAUAUAGGGACAGAUGGAGAACUGUGGCUUGUGAGUUGCAGGAAAGGAGUGGACAGAGAGCCAAAUUUAUAGAUAUUGUCGAUUUCAUCGAAAGACAAGUGAGGAUAGCAAGUGAUCCACUAUUCGGGGAUAUACAGGAUACACCAUCAACAACAGCAAACAAGGAUGCAAGAAAAUCUAGGUUUGAGUCUAGUUCUAGAGCCAAAGGAAGUAGCUUUGCUACCACCGUUGCAACAGUGGAAAGGAAAGUUGAAUCAGGAACAAAAGUAAAAGAGGACAGGUCAGCUGGUAUGAAGGCUUGCAUAUUUUGUGGAGGUGAGCACACAUUGGAUUUGUGCCGCCAGUUGGAAAAGAGGGUGCAUAAUGAGAAGAUUACUUUCUUAAAGAAACAUGGUGUGUGUUUUGGCUGUUUGUGCAUUGGGCACAUGAGUCGAGAUUGUAGGAAGCGUCUCUCAUGCAAAGUAUGCAGUCUGAAGCACCCUACUGCACUUCACAUUUAUCCAAAAGAGAAAGAAAAUAAUUUAGUGCAAGUCAAAGGAGAGUCUGAGACAGCAGUGGGCAGUUCUCUGAUCUCUGUUCAAUCCAGUGGUCUUACUGGGGCCGGUGACCAUGAUUGUACACUCUCUAUAGUUCCAGUUCAAGUUAAACAUAGGAAGGGGCACAAGGUGUUGAUUACCUAUGCCUUCUUGGAUCCUGGAAGCUCAGCGUCAUUCUGUACAGAGCGGCUGAUGAACAAGCUUAAUGUCAGGGGACGAAGAACUGGUAUUCUCCUUCGUACUAUGGGUCAGGAGAAGGUCGUUGGGAGUCAUAUUGUUUCAGAUUUGGAAGUGGCUGAAUUAGACGGUGAUUGUUUUUGUGAACUACCUGAUAUUUAUACGCAAAAAAACAUGCCAGUUCAUCGAGGCAAUAUUCCUCGACAGAAAGACCUCCAACGAUGGCCACAUCUGAGACAUGUCCAGAUAAGGGAGAUUGAUUCAGAUAUUGACCUGCUGAUUGGAUCCAAUGUCCCUAGAGCACUGGAGCCAUGGCAAGUUGCUCGAAGUACGGAGGGGGGCCCCUAUGCGGUCAAAACGAUGCUGGGCUGGACUGUAAAUGGACCUCUUAGACGCGAUGAAUGUAGAGAAAUUGCUAGUGGACAGCCAGAUGUCACUGUCAAUAGGAUCUCUAUUGCAAACCUCAAGGAUCUGUGGAAUGAGCAGCUAAAGGCUGAUUUUCCUGAAUGUAGCCAGGAUGAGCAGAUGGGGUUAUCAAGAGAAGAUUGUCAAUUCAUGGAGUUUGUGACAAAAUCUGCUAAGUUGGUGGAUGGCCAUUAUAGUAUUGGCUUACCUUUAAGAAAAAAAGAUGUGAAUAUGCCAAACAAUAGAAAAGUUGCCGAACAGCGUGCUAUGAGCCUCACAAGGAGGUUUGAAAAGGACGCUACAUUUCAUGCUGAUUACACAGUAUUUAUGAAUGACAUCAUCUCCAAGGGCUACGCUGAGAAGGUCCCAAUUGAGAAUCUGGAUCGGAGCGACAACAGGGUAUGGUAUAUACCACAUCAUGGGGUAUAUCACCCGAAGAAGGGCAAAAUCAGGGUCGUUUUUGACUGCAAAGCCACAUUCCAGGGAACAUCUUUAAAUGCUCAACUCUUACAGGGACCCGAUCUUACCAGCAUGUUAAUUGGAGUCAUGACCAGAUUCAGAAAAGAGCCUGUUGUACUCAUGGCAGACAUUGAGGCUAUGUUCCACCAAGUCAGAGUACCAGUUGAGGAUUCAGAUCUGUUGAGGUUUCUCUGGUGGCCGGAUGGAGACCAUAAGCAAAGCCUAGUGGAGUACAGAAUGGUAGCGCAUCUGUUCGGGGCCACAUCUUCGCCAAGUUGUGCAAGUUUUGCUCUUAGAAAGUGUGCAGAGGAUAAUCGAGAGCAAUUUAGCUUCAAAGUAAUCGAAACAGUCCUCCACAAUUUCUAUGUGGAUGAUUGCCUUACAUCAGUGGCUUCUGAGGAGGAAGCAAUAGCGCUUUACCAGGACCUUCGCGCCCUUUGUUCGAAAGGGGGCUUUCAGCUCAUGAAGUGGAUCAGCAAUAGACGUACCGUGCUGGCAGCAAUUCCUGCAACAGAGAGAGCAAAAGAGGUUAAGGAUUUGGAUUUGAACAAUGACACCCUUCCUGUAGAAAGAGCAUUGGGCGUACAGUGGUGUGUUCAGUCUGACACUUUUAAGUUCAAAGUCCUCAUCAAAGAUCGACCCUUAACCAGAAGAGGGAUUCUCUCCACGGUCAGUUCAAUCUAUGACCCUUUAGGAAUGUUGGCACCUGUGGUCUUAUCUGCCAAAAGGAUCCUUCAAGACUUGUGUAGAAAAGACCUUGGUUGGGACGAUCUUAUACCCGACUUGUCUGCACAGGAGUGGAGAGGUUGGUUGAAGGAGCUCUGGCAGCUUGAAAAGUUUGAGGUUGACAGAUGCCUAAAACCAAUGGAUUUUGGGGAAGUGAUUUCUGCUCAGUUACAUCACUUUGCGGAUGCAUGUGAGAGCGGCUAUGGAACAGUGACUUACUUGUUAUUAAACAACAUAGAGAGAAAAGUUCACUGUACUUUCAUAAUGGGAAAGGCCAGAGUGGCUCCAUUAAAAACAAUCACCAUCCCUCGCAUGGAGUUGACGGCUGCCAUGGUUGCAGGUCGAAUGGAUGAGCUCUGGAGGAAGGAGCUAAAGAUGGAACUUCAAGACUCAAUUUUCUGGACAGACAGUACUUCUGUACUGAAGUACAUCAGCAAUGAGACCUCAAGGUUUCGUACAUUUGUAGCCAAUCGGGUUUCAAAGAUACUGAGUGUAUCUAGUCCAUCUCAAUGGAGAUAUGUUAACACCACAAAUAAUCCUGCUGAUUUAGCCUCUAGGGGAGUAAAGGUGACAUCACUUCUGAGAGAUAACAUAUGGGUGUCUGGACCUCAAUUUCUGGUUGGGCCUGAAGCGGGCUGGCCUGAAAACCCAGAUGGCCAUGUGAGAAUUCCACCAGAUGACCCUGAGGUUAAGAGGGUCUUGAUUGUGAAUGUUGUGCAGGCUGAAGAGAAGAUCGAUGCAGUCACUCGCUUGAUUAACUACUUCUCCUCUUGGAUCCGUCUGAAGAAGAUGGUUGGUUGGAUCCUUAAGCUGAAGAGUCUACUACUGUACUUUAGUCAGAAAAGGAAGCAACUGAGUAUGACUCUUGCUCAUUCUGGCUUGGAUAAUUCUUUCAAUUGAGGAACUUAGAAAGGCUGAGAUGGAGAUUAUUAAGUUUUGCCAGAGAAGGAGGUUUCCCGGGGAAUUCAACAGUCUGCAAAAGGGCGAAA